GUGCCCUAUCUCACCCCCAUAAUAUCCCACCCCUGCUAAUGCUGGAAGCUCACUCCCCAACCUGCCACUCUCAGAGCUGCGCCCGGCCACCCCCGAAGCCGACCAGUGCCCCAUACCUAAGAGAUGCCGUGUGUCCGCCCCUGCCUUGGAUUUUUGAAAAUUAAUUUUUGGGAUUCAGAAAAGAAGAAAAGUAGGUUGCAGAAAUGUCUAAGAUUGAUAAGAUGAGCAUCCUUGGAGUGAGGAGUUUCGGGGUGGAGGACAAAGACAAGCAAGUUAUCACUUUCUUUAGUCCUUUAACCAUUUUGGUGGGACCAAAUGGUGCAGGAAAAACGACUAUCAUUGAAUGCCUUAAAUAUAUUUCCACUGGAGAUUUCCCUCCAGGCACCAAAGGAAAUUCAUUUGUUCAUGAUCCAAAGGUUGCUCACGAAACAGAUGUCAGAGCUCAGAUUCGACUGCAGUUUCGUGAUGUUAAUGGAGAGCUUGUAGCUGUCCAGCGAUCCAUGGUUUGUACUCAGAAAGGCAAGAAAACCGAAUUUAAAACUCUUGAAGGUGUCAUUACUCGAACAAAGCAUGGGGAGAAGGUCAGUCUCAGUUCCAAGUGUGCAGAAAUUGAUCGAGAGAUGAUCAGCGCCCUUGGUGUUUCCAAAUCCGUGAUUAAUAAUGUAAUAUUCUGUCAUCAAGAAGAAUCCAACUGGCCCUUAAGUGAGGGAAGGGCCCUAAAACAAAAAUUUGAUGAGAUCUUCUCAGCAACAAGGUAUAUUAAAGCACUGGAAACACUUCGUCAGGUACGUCAAAAGCAAACCUUGAGAGUAAAAGAGUGUCAGAUGGAACUGAGAUAUCUAAAACAAAAUAAAGAAAAAGCACGUGAAAUUCAAGAUCAACUUAGCAAUAGGGAAGCUCAACUGGCUGCUUCUAAGGAAAAUGUAAAAUCUAUUGAGAAUCAACUUGAGCCUCUAAAGAACCGCCUGACAGAAAUUGAACAGAAUCUUGCAAAAGUAAUGAGACUUGACAAUGAGAUUAAAGCUCUGGACAGCAGAAAAAGACAGAUGGAAAAAGAUAACCAGGAUUUACAACAGAAGAUGAAGAAGGUUUUUCAAGGAACAGAUGACCAACUAAGGGAUAUGUACCAGAACCAUCAGAGAACAGUAAAAGAGAAGGAAAGGAGAUUAACAGACUGUCAACAUGAGCUGGAUAGAGCAAGCAGAGAGUGUCAGAGAUUCAACAGAGAGAAAUCAGAAUUACUUGUUGAACAAGGCCGUCUUCAGCUGCAAGCAGAUCGUCACCAACAAGACAUCAGAACCAGGGAUUCAUUAAUCCAGACUUUGGCAGCACUGUUGGAAUUAGAUGGUUUUCAGCGAGCACCUUUUAAUGAAAGGCAAAUUAACAGUUUUCACAAGCUUGUGAAAGAGAGACAAGAAAGAGAAGUGGAAGCUGCCAGUCAGUUAAUGAGAGAAUUUACAGAAAAAGAAACAAUGAAACAAAAGCAGAUUGAUGAUAUAAGAGAUAAGAAAACUGGACUGGAAAAAACCAUUGACCUGAAGUCAGACAUUCAAAAUAAGAAACAGCUUGAACUGAAGAAUGUGAAAUAUGAACUGAAUCAGUUGGAGGAGUCUUCAGACAGGAUUCUGGAACUGGAUCAGGAACUCAUCAAGUCUGAACGUGAACUAGAGAAGACUGAGAAGAACAGCAGUGUUGAAGCUCUUGAAUCAGAGGUACAAAAACUUCAAAAUGAGAAAGCAGACGUGGAUAAGGUUCUUCGGAAAUUGGAUCAGGAGAUGGAACAGCUAAACUUGAAUACCAUGGCAAUCACCCAAAUGGAUAUGUUGAAAAAAGACAAAGUGGACAAAGAGGAGCAGAUCAGAAAAAUAAAAUCUAGACAUACUGAUCAAUUGACCUUAUUGCUGGGAUAUUUUCCUAACAAAAGACAGCUUGAGGACUGGCUUCAUGCUAAAACUAGAGAGAUUAAUCAGACAAGAGACAAGCUUGCUCAGCUUAACAAAGAACUCGUUUCAGCUGAACAAAAUAAAAAUCAUGUCAGUAUUGAGCUAAGAAAAAAAGAAGAGCAAUUGUCCAGUUAUGAAGACAAACUUUUUAAUGUUUGUGGAAGUCAGGAUUUUGAUUGUGAUCUAUAUAAACUUCAGGAUGAAAUUGAAAAGACUUCAAAGCAGCGAGCUAUGCUUGCUGGAGCUACAGCAGUUUAUUCACAAUUUAUUACCCAGCUGACAGAUGAGAACCAGUCAUGUUGCCCAGUUUGUCAGAGGUUCUUUGAAACAGAGUCAGAACUUCAAGAUGUAAUUAGCGAUCUGCAGUCCAAGUUACGUCUUGCUCCAGAUAAACUGAAGUCAACAGAGUCUGAACUUAAAAGAAGAGAAAAGAAGCGUGAUGAAAUGAUGGCACUUAAACCAAUCAGGCAGACCAUAACUGAACUUAAAGAAAAAGACAUACCAGACUUAAGAAACAAGCUACAGAAUAUAAAUAGAGAUAUUCAGCGCCUAAAGAGCGAUGUAGAAGAGCAGGAUACUCUCUUAAAUACUGUUAUUCCUGAGGAGGAAAGUGCCAAAGCAUGUUUACAAGACAUAACACUUAUGGAAAGGUACCAGACUGAUUUAAGGGAUGUUGAACGAAAAAUUGCCCAGCAGGGCACUAAACUGCAAGGAGUAGACUUAGGUCGAACUGUUCUACAAGUAAGCCAGGAAAAACAAGAAAAAAAACACCUAUGGGAUACAGUUACUGGUAAAAUUGAGCUAAAUCAAAAACUUAAACAGGACCAACAGACUCAAAUCCAGCAGCUAAAGAGCACAGUGAAUGAACUUAAAGCAGAAAAGCUACAAAUUUCCAGUAAUAUGCAGCGUCGACAACAACUGGAGGAUCAGACUGUAGAAUUAUCCACUGAAGUUCAGUCUUUAUACAGAGAGCUCAAAGAAGCGAAGGAUCAGCUAUUUCCUUUGGAAGCAACUUCAGAAAAACUAUAUCUAAUCAACAAAAAGAACACAAGUAACAAAGUAACACAAGAGAAGAUAAAUGAGAUCAAAGAGAAAGCUAAAAAUAUCCAUGACUAUGUGAAAGUAAUUGAGAACUAUAUUCAGGGAGGAAAAGAAGAUUAUAAAAAGCAAAAAGAGUCUGAACUUGAUGAAAUAAAAACUCAACUAGCUGAUUGUGAAAAACAGAAAGAAAAGAUAAGUAAAGAGAUGGGAACAAUUAGACAAGACAUUGAUACUCAAAAGAUUCAAGAAAGAUGGCUAGAGGAUAACCUUACAUUAAGAAAAAGAAAUGAAGAGCUAAAAGAAGUUGAAGAAGAACGAAAACAAUAUAUGAAGGAGAUGGGGGAAAUGAAAGUUCCACAACUAAAAAAUGAACAACAAUGUCUGGAGAAGAAAAUAGAGGAUUUAAAAAAAAAUCACAGUUUGGCAUUAGGUCGGCAGCGUGGAUUUGAAGAAGAGAUCAUUCGAUUUAAAAAAGAGCUUCAAGAAUCUCAAUUCAAAGAUGCUGAGGAAAAGUACAAAGAAAUGAUGAUUGUAAUGAGAACAACAGAGCUAGUAAACAGGGACCUUGACAUAUACUACAAGGCACUUGAUAAAGCAAUUAUGACAUUUCACAGCAUGAAAAUGGAAGAAAUCAAUAAAAUCAUUCGUGAUCUUUGGCGAACCACCUACAGAGGGCAAGAUAUUGAAUAUAUAGAAAUUCGUUCUGAUGCAGAUGAAAAUGUUUCAGCAUCUGAUAAAAGGAGGAACUACAAUUAUAGAGUAGUAAUGAUAAAAGGAGGUACUGCUCUGGACAUGCGAGGAAGAUGCAGUGCUGGGCAAAAGGUGCUUGCUUCCCUCAUUAUUCGUCUUGCUCUGGCAGAAACAUUCUGUCUCAACUGUGGCAUUCUUGCAUUAGAUGAGCCUACUACCAAUCUUGAUCGAGAAAACAUCGAGUCUCUUGCACAUGCUCUGGUGGAGUUAAUAAAAAGUCGCUCACAACAACGCAACUUUCAGCUUCUUGUCAUAACACAUGACGAAGAUUUUGUGGAGCUUUUGGGCCGUUCUGAAUACGUGGAGAAAUUCUACAGGAUAAAGAAGAAUAUUGACCAGUGUUCUGAGAUAGUGAAGUGCAGCGUCAGUUCCUUAGGUUCCUAGCACUAUCGAAUAAUUUUGUAUUAUAGGAUGACUAGGUAACAAUGCAAAAUUAAGAUACUGAAUAUGAAGAAAUGAACUAUAUUUUCUGACACUGAAAAAGUUAUAGCUUACUACUUAACUAGAAUUUUAACAUUAUCAAACGAUUGUACUGUUUAACUCUGCAUCUUUAAAAAUGUAAAAGAUACAUAUUUCUGUGCUUGUUUUAAAUAUAAAAUAAAAACUUCAGAGGAUUUUGAAUUAUUACAAAAUGCUUAGAUAGCACUAAAAAUGUACUUGGUGUUCUGAAAUAUAAAUAAAGGCAUGUUCUUUGAGUAUGUG